UUCGGUGCCACAAUGCCGCACAUACUGCACAGAGCCAGGGAUAAGCUUCCAUUUUUAUCCCACCGACGCGGAACGUCGCCGACUGUGGCUCGUUAGGCUUCGUAACGGCAAGACGCCUUCCAAGUACGCGAUGGUGUGCAGCAAACACUUCGACGACGGUGCAUUCAAGCAUUCGCAGACGAGAAAGAAUGGGUUUUCGCGGAAGAGAUUGAGGCCUGACGCACUUCCGACACUGAACUUGCCAAAGCGCAAAUUUGACAGACAUAAGCUACCUCGCAAGCCACCGGCAAAAAGGAUCCCUGUUUCCAGGCAAUCACAGGGGCCCAUAAAUAUAACAAGCGAUGUUGCUGGUCACGCCUGUAUUCAGGAAGAUUGUCCUGCUGUGGAGACCACAGAUGAAGAUCACACCUGUGUUCAAGAAGAUUGGCCUGCUGUGGAGACCACAGAUGAAGUGCCACAAGAUGACCUCCUUGAACAGUUCGCCGCAAUCGUGUGUACACAUGCUGGCACACUACGGGAUGCCUGCGUGCAGGCGAAUCCUCUCCAAGUCAUCGGCCGUCCCAAGCCUCUCCUUUCAUGUGCUGCUGUUCAGACAGAUCACACUGUGAAAGUGCUUACAGGAUUGCCAUGUUUGCAGCUGCUGAAGAACAUUAUUGAAGAGUUCACUGCCUUGCGCAUUGAAUCCAUCCCAAGAGGUUUUGCAUUGAGUGAUGAAGACACUGUGCUAAUGGUUUUUGUGAAGCUUUACCACAAUGUAAGCUUGAGCUUUUUAUCGGUUCUCUUUUCUGUUCACCGUACAACUGUUUCAAAUAUUUUGAAAAAUGCGAUAUGUAUUCUUGCAAGCAUACUUGGAGAGGCAGUGUUUUUCCCAAGCAAAGAAUCUGUCCAGGAAAACCUAACCAUUUACUUCAAAAACUACAAGGAAACUCGCAUUGUGCUAGAUUGCACAGAGGUUCCACUUGAAAGGCCACGUGACUUAACAUCACGGCUACUUACCUACAGCCAGUACAAACGCCAGUACACAAUCAAAGUAUUGAUUGGCGUCGCUCCAAGUGGCAUGAUAACUUUAGUAGGAAAAUCAUUUGGAGGUCGUGCAUCAGACACGCAACUAACUGCUCAUUCAAAUGUCCUUAACAUGUGCACGGCCUAUGUAGACAGAGUGAUGGUAGACAAAGGCUUUCUAAUAGAGAAUCUCUGUGACGAAGCUAGGGUCAACAUGGAUAGGCCUCCAUUUUUAAAGAAACGGCAACAGCUUGAAGAACACGAAGCACACAAAAAUCAGGCUAUUGCGCGAGCAAGGGUACAUGUAGAAAGAGCCAUUCAACGUGUAAAAGCCUUCAAAAUUCUGCAGCAAAGGUACCCGAUCCAGCUCUUGCCAGUCUUUGACAAAGUUAUCGUGUUGCUUGCUGGUAUAGUAAAUUUGUCGAAGCCAAUUUUGGACGAGUACAAAUUUCUACCAAAUUGCUAA